AUGACAGAAUCUCUCAAAGUAUGGACGUCCACUCUGCAGAAGUUUACAUUUAGCAAUGAUUCAUCCAAUAACAUCUUUUCGAAACCUAUGUUUGGAUGUUAUGUAGAUAUCACUGAAAUUUUCCUACUAGUUGAGAAGACCUUUCAUCCUAUGUAUACUUUAUUGUCUUUUAUAUCUCUAACGUGGGUGAUAAAGAAUCUCCUAAUAAUAACAUUUCUGUGCGUGGAGUGUGAGAAGUACUACUCGGCAAUCAAAGAAGUUGAGAGCAUGUGUACACAGAUGACUUCUUCAGAAAGGAGUUCAGUAAAUCAAAAAAGGUUCUAUAAGAACAUCCUGCGGGUUCAAGACGCCACCUUCAAAGAGCUUCGUGUGUGCGGUCUGUUCGCAGUAGACGCGUCGCUGCCGCUGCGUGUUAUCGAAUUCAUCACUACCUACACCAUUGUCUUAUUACAGUUCGUGUUUCUAUAA